UCCACGCCUCAACCUCAACGAUGAACAAUUUAUUAACAAAUUCCAUCUCUGGCGAUAUCACCGUUGCUGGUUUUUGAUCUUUCGUGGGUUUCAAUCCUCCGGCUCUGUAGUUAAAACAGAGGAAAUGCCAACUUUUUCUUCGCUCUCGGCGGCGACCGCACUGUCCGGCAUCCCGAAAAUGGCUUCUCCGGCGAGGAACCCAAUUCCUAAUGUUCAUCCCGCAUCGUCUCAAUUCUGCCCUAAUUUGAAAUUCAAUCCCAAAAGAUCUCUGUUCGUUGUAUUCACCUCUAGUCAGAAGCCCCAAUUUCCGUGCAAAUCUCGGCGGAGGAGCUCCGUCCAAUGCCUUUUCACCGGCAUUGUUGAAGAAAUGGGGCGUGUAAAAAACUUGGGUAUUGCUGAAAAUGGGGGUUUUGAUUUGGAAAUUACAGCGAAAACUGUUCUUGAAGGCGUUAACCUUGGAGACAGUAUUGCUGUGAAUGGAACUUGCCUUACGGUGACGGCUUUUGACCACAAACUAUCUGAAUUCAAGGUGGGGUUAGCGCCGGAGACGCUCAGGAAGACAUCGUUGGUGGAGCUGGUGCCGGGUUCUCCGGUGAAUUUGGAGCGGGCGGUUCAGCCAAUCAGCCGAAUGGGUGGGCAUUUUGUGCAGGGGCAUGUGGAUGGGACAGGGGAGAUAGUGUCGAUGGAUGCUGAGGGGGACUCGUUGUGGGUAAAGGUGAGGACGUCGGAGGCUGUGCUGAACUAUAUUGUAGCAAAGGGAUUCAUUGCGGUGGAUGGAACUAGCUUGACUGUGGUGGAUGUUUUUGAUGAGGAAAAGGCUUUUAACUUCAUGUUGGUUGCUUAUACUCAGAAUGCUGUGGUGGUUCCAUUGAAGAAAGUGGGGGAUUUGGUGAAUUUGGAGGUUGAUAUUCUUGGCAAGUAUGUGCAGCGGCUCCUCACCAAUGGUGCCAUCGGCUCCAUCGAGUCUCAGUGACAGUAAAAGCCUGAAAAUAAGGUCUUAAAAGCUUUGUCUUGCCUUGUUAUGCUAUGUAUUUUAGCCAUUAUCAACUUGGGGUUGGGGAGGAAUAAAUGGUCUAAUGGUCUUC